UCCAUGGACAGAAGUGUGGAGCAAAGGCCAGAGCUCCAGGGAAGGGCUACCACAGAGCAGGGACAGUCACCUGUCUUGAGGGAGGAUUCCUGAGCCAGCCCCAGCUGUAGCAGGCCAUGAGCUCUGUGCUAUCAAUCGUCUUGCAGGAACUCCCAGGCCCGUUCCUAGUCCUGGGGAUCUUCUUGCCUGUGACUUUGCUGCUUUUCCUCCUGAUUGCCUACUUCAGGAUCAAAUUGAUGGAGGUUGAUGAAGAACUGUCUCAAAUUUCUGAUCGCCAAAACAAGUACAGUCCUUCCCUGUACAGGCGGAUGAGACGAAGAUGACUGCGGGGAUCAUUCAGUGGACAAAGAAGUAUGAAUUACACAAGGUCACAGAACAGAGGUCAACAGAACCAUGGGGGAAAUGAGAAUGGUGGAUGCAUCAGCUCCUACUAGAGGACUUCAGUGUGAUCUGAUGUGAAUGGAAGUUCUUCAGAAAGUACCAAGGACUUAAGAUUUUCUUUCACAUGCUCAAUGCAUGAGGCACAUCUCCGGUUUCUUUUGUUAUGACUAUGUUUAUUUACUUGGAAAGUGUUUUUAAAAUAAAAUUUGUAGACCUAAUCAUA